GCACGCCGGCCCAUUCGCUCCGCUUCUCCUCGACCAUUCACACAGUGCGAGGGCUUCGGGGGGGCUUCCCUCGCACCUGGAGCAGCCGCACCAGAACCAGAACCAGGUGAAGACCUUUCCUCUACCAUGGCACCAAAGCUUGUUCCAAAAGUGACUUCCAAAGGAGGGGAAUCUCAGUGCAAGGAGAAGCGCGUGGUUCUGCUCAGCCCCGUGGGAAAGCUGCAGAUAUCUGGGUGUGAAAUGGGCUUACAUGAAAUAAAACUUCCAAAAAUGAGCGUUCUGCCAAGUGGGGCAGAGUCCUUGGCUGCUUGUGAGGUCUGUGAAGGUGCAGAGGAGAUGACAGAGCCCCUGAAGCAGUGCACAGCCUGGCUGCACGCCUACUUCUGCCAGCCAGCCAGGACAGCCACCCUUCCCCUGCCAGCCUUCCACCACCCCCUGCUCCAGCAAGAUUCCUUCACCAAAGAAGUGCUGUGGACCCUCCUGAGAGAUGUGGAGUUUGGAGAAGUCGUUUCCUACAAGCAAUUGGCUGACCUGGCAGGCAACAGCAGAGCAGCCAGAGCUGUGGGAGGAGCCAUGAGGAGCAACCCUAUCCCAAUCAUCAUCCCCUGCCACAGGGUGAUCCGCAGCAGUGGGCAGAGUGGCAACUACGGAGGAGGACACCUUCUGAAAGAGUGGCUUUUGUCACACGAGAGGCUGCAGAAGGAGAAGCAGCAGAAGUUGCCACAUUGAUGGGGCUCAGCCGCAGAGCGUGUACGGCCGCCCGGGCUCGGCUUGUAACAAGCUCUCCAGCACCCAGCAGAAUUCAGCAAAAUGGUAAAUAUUUGAGUGACAUAUAAAUAUAAUGCAACAUCCGAAGUGAAAUGCGUGGUGGCACCAGUAUAUUAAAAAAGCAGGAUGUGUCCUGAGGGAGGCAGCUCGCCUGCCCUUUCUUGUUUUUACAUUUUACAGCAGAAUGAGUACAGCGGGGCAGGCUUGGCGCGCACAGAUUUUUGUUCCCAUCUCCACUCCUGUUUUGUUCUAUUUUUAAUGUCCAUUAAAGCAGGGAUAAGGGAGAGGAAUGGCUGUGGCAAAUGGGAGGUGGUGCCUCUCCCAGAGGAAACAUCUCCUUGGUGUGCCCGGACAGGGGUUGAUGGCAACGGGAGCACGGGUGGCAGGUUGAGAUGCGUUCCAGAGCACCCAGCUCCUGGAUUGCUCCUUCCCAGCUUUCCUUGGUGGAUUGCAGGAGAUGGGGAUCAAAUUUUUGCUCUUGUGAAUGGUGCCUCAAAGCAGGUAGAAGCAAAGCUGCUGGGAGAUGGUGUGAAAAGCAUCUUUUAAAUAAGCAGUUUGAUGAGCGCCGCUCCCGCAAAAUACUGGGGGACUCAAUAGAGCUGUGUCUUUCCCAGCAGCACAUUUCCUGUUAUAAUUUGAUUUUUUUCCUUUAGAUUUUUGCAUUCCUCUGUCACACUGAGCUUAAUUUCUCUAUCAGA